AUGUGGCGCGAAGAUGGAAUAGCAGAAGUUGUGCAAGGCGACCCAAACCCGUUUGGAGAAGAUUCUAAUUGUUUGGAGGCGCUAUUGUAUGAUGAUCAAGUGAAAGACAUACAAUCAUUGAGUGCGAAAUGCAAUAACACUCCACGGAUUGUCUUAACUUCAGAUCGGCCUGUGACAGUCACACUCGGGGCGGAAUGUAUCUACGAAGACGAAAGACAAGAUCCGACAGGGGCCCUUCAAAUAGUCGAUUUACAAAUAGCGUCGGGCAAAUUGGAUGACGAUCCUGCUCAGGUGCAAGACACGCUGAUAGAAGUUGACAUGGGAUCCGGAGUACAAACCAAGCCUAUGUUCAUCAGUGAUCAGUUUGAUAAAGGGACAGUUGAUAAACUAAUCGCUUUACUGCGAGAAUUUAAAGAUUGCUUCGCAUGGUCAUAUGAAGAAAUGUCGGGAUUGGACCGAUCUGUUAUUGAACAUAAGUUGCCGCAAAAGGCUGGGUUCAAGCCGUUUCGGCAGCCUCCGAGACGUAUGUCAAAAGAAGUGGAGACACUAGUUCAUGACGAAAUCAGACGACUCGAGGCAGCCGGGUUUAUUAGAGAAGCUAAAUAUACAGAGUGGUUAUCUAACAUUGUCCCAGUCAUGAAAAAGAAUGGUAAAUUGAGAGUUUGUGUCGAUUUCAGGAACUUAAAUUUAGCCACGCCGAAAGACGAAUAUCCAAUGCCCAUUGCAGAUAUGAUGGUUGAUGGCGCGGCCGGACAUACCAUUUUAAGUUUCCUCGAUGCACACUCUGGUUAUAAUCAAGUCCCGAUCGACGAAAAAGAUGUAUCCAAAAUAGCAUUUCGUUGUCCAGGGCCGAUCGGCGCAUACGAAUGGGUUGUUAUGCCAUUCGGCCUAAAAAAUGUUGGGGCCACUUAUCAGAGAGCGAUGAAUAAAAUGUUCGCAGGUUUGGAUUGUCUGGAAAUUUAUAUAGAUGAUGUGGUCAUCAAGUCACAGACCAGCGAACAACAUUUGAUCAACCUGAGAGAUACCUUUGUCAGAAUGAGAGAAAAUGGCUUGAAGAUGAACCCUUUAAAAUGUGCGUUCGGUGUAUCAGCUGGUAACUUCCUCGGUUUUCUAGUUCACCAAAGGGGGGUAGAAGUUGAUAAAAACAAAGCGCAGGCGAUCAUAUAUGCUGAACCUCCUAAAACCAAGAAACAACUUCAGAGAUUGAUCGGCCAAAUUAAUUUUUUAAGGCGAUUUAUUUCAAACACAGCGGGCCGAUUAAGAAGUUGGAGAACAUUACUAAAGGCCGGAGGAACAUCUCAGUUCGUUUGGACAGAGGAGCAACAAAAAGUCUUUGACGAGAUCAAGACUUAUUUAGUCAAGCCUCCAGUCAUGAUGCCCCCUAAGCAGGGACAGCCGUUAUUGUUAUAUAUUUCGGCAGCCCACGAAUCGUUAGAAUGCAUGUUGGCACAUGAAGAUCAAGGAGUCGAAAGAUCGGUUUAUUAUCUGAGUAAAAGCCUAACCGACACAGAAAUUCGAUAUUCUACUAUCGAAAAGCUAUGUCUAUGCCUUUAUUUUACAUGCUGUAAAUUAAGAUAUUACAUGCUUCCGGUAGUGGUAUAUGUUUUAUCUCAAACAGAUGUGAUCAAAUACAUUCUAUCUCGACCGUAUCUGAGAAAUCGGCUUGGAAAGUGGGCUAUUGCAAUGUCAGAAUUCACUUUAGUCUAUGUUCCACAAAAAGCCGUUAAGGGACAAGCAUUAGCAGAUUUUUUAGCCGAUCAUCCCAAUGUCCCGAUCAAGGAGGUGACCUGCUUCGAUCUAAUUCCUUGGAAGCUUUGGUUUGACGGAUCUAAAACUAAUAAAGGGGCAGGCGCAGGGAUAUUAAUUGUCUCGCUGCAAGACUUGGUUUUUCGAAUGUCCUUUUCAUUAACAUUCCAAUGUACUAAUAAUCAAGCGGAAUACGAAGCGCUGAUCAUUGGGUUGGAGGUCUUGGCCGAGCUAGGAGCUAAAGCUAUUCAAGUAAAAGGAGAUUCUUUGUUAGUUAUUAAGCAAGUUAUUGGCGAGUUCAAAUGCGAAUCAGACGUCUUGAUUAGGUACUGCAAUAAAGCCAAACACCUCAUGGAUGGUUUUUCUGAAACAUGGAUAGAGUUCGCAGAAAGAGCAGAAAAUGAAGAGGCGAACAACUUAGCCCAGCAUGGAAGUGGAUACAAAAUCAUGGCAGGUUUUGAGGUUAUUGAGAGGACAACGCCUUGUCUUCACACUGGGGGCAUAACACCAGAUGAUUGCAGAUCGGCAUACCACCUGGACACGACGGCCGAUUGGAGGAAAGAAUUGAUCGACUGGUUUAGACAUCCAGACCCGACGAAUCGGCGAACCAGAAUGUUGACCACCAACUAUGUGAUUCUGGCUGAUGAAUUGUACAAACGAUGUCGUGAAGGUCUAUUGUUCAGAUGUAUAGGACCAAAAGAAGCUAUGUUGGUCAUGGCUGAAGUACAUGAAGGAAUCUCGGGGGCACAUCAAGCUGGGCCAAGAAUGAGGUGGUUAAUACACAAAUACGCUUUUAUUGGCCGAAAAUGGAACAAGAUUGUAUCCGGUACGCCAGAGGAUGUGAAGCUUGUCAGAAAUUUGGACCGGUUCAACACGUUCCAGCAGACGUAUUACAUUCGAUUAUCAAGCCGUGGCCAUUUAGAGGAUGGGCAGUAG